AUUGCAGCGGACUGCAACCAUAUCGGGGAGACAUCAUAAGAGAGAAGACAACUAAAUCCACUCAAUACUGAAUAUGACUUCUGAUCCACGAAUCACUGCUGCAGAGGCUGCGGCCAUCCAUGCGUCUGCUGUCACCCGCAACUACUCUGUCGAACCUCGUUUAGAUUACAGAACUGUUUCUGGUGUCAACGGUCCCCUGGUCAUUCUUGAUCAAGUCAAGUUUGCAAAGUUUGCUGAAAUCGUUGAACUGACCCUUCCAGAUGGAACCAGGCGGUCAGGACAGGUCCUUGAGGUUCAGGGAAACAAAGCUGUUGUACAGGUGUUUGAAGGCACAUCUGGUGUUGAUGCCAAGGCCACUCGUGUUGAAUUCACUGGCGAUGUCCUCAAGAUUCCUGUCUCUGAAGAUAUGCUUGGUCGUGUAUUCAACGGAUCUGGAAAGGCGAUUGACAAGGGACCCAAGGUGUUUGCAGAAGAGUAUCUUGACAUUCAAGGUCAACCCAUCAACCCAUUCUCUCGUAUCUAUCCCGAGGAGAUGAUUCAAACUGGUAUUUCUGCAAUAGACACCAUGAACUCGAUUGCUCGUGGACAAAAGAUUCCUAUUUUCUCUGCUGCUGGCUUGCCACACAACGAAAUCGCCGCGCAGAUUUGUCGUCAAGCCGGUCUUGUCAAGAAGAUUGACAAGGGAGUGCUCGACGGUCAUGAAGAAAACUUUGCUAUUGUGUUUGGUGCCAUGGGUGUUAACUUGGAAACUGCUCGUUUCUUUAAGCAAGAUUUCGAGGAGAACGGUUCAAUUGAGCGUGUCACUUUGUUCUUGAACUUGGCCAAUGAUCCUACAAUUGAGCGUAUCAUUACACCUCGUCUGGCUCUCACAACCGCCGAAUAUUAUGCAUACCAACUCGAAAAGCAUGUUUUGGUUAUUCUUACUGACAUGAGUUCUUAUGCAGAUGCUCUUCGUGAAGUUUCUGCUGCUCGUGAAGAAGUUCCUGGUCGUCGUGGUUACCCCGGUUAUAUGUACACGGAUUUGUCCACAAUUUACGAGCGUGCCGGUCGUGUUGCUGGACGUAACGGCUCUAUUACACAAAUCCCCAUUCUCACUAUGCCCAACGAUGAUAUCACCCAUCCUAUUCCUGAUUUGACUGGGUACAUUACGGAAGGUCAGAUUUUUGUUGAUCGUCAAUUGCACAAUCGUCAAGUAUAUCCCCCUAUCAACGUUCUUCCAUCACUUUCACGUCUUAUGAAGAGCGCUAUUGGCGAAAAGUUGACUCGCAAAGAUCACGGUGAUGUUUCCAACCAGCUUUAUGCCAAAUAUGCUAUUGGUCGUGAUGCUGCUGCGAUGAAAGCUGUUGUUGGUGAGGAAGCACUCAAUCAGGAAGAUAAGCUUGCACUUGAAUUUCUUGAAAAGUUUGAAAAGACUUACAUUGCGCAAGGCACAUAUGAAGGUCGUACGAUUUUUGAAUCUCUUGAUCUUGCAUGGUCACUCUUACGUAUCUUCCCCAAGGAGAUGCUUAAUCGUAUUCCUCAAAAGAUUCUUGGCGAGUACUACCAAAGAGCAAAAGCCUCUGCGUUGCCGUGAUUGUUCUGUUUUUGUUGGUCACAGAUUUCGGAAUCUCCACUUUAGUCUUUUUCUCACUCCAUAUUUUUGCUUUUGACAGUCGGUUUUUAAGUUUUUGGAAACAUUGCACUUGAUCUUUACCAUCAUUCAAAUUAAAAAAGACUGUUAUUUGGUGAUAAGCAUUGGAGUCUUAUUAUUGAUCAGCUAAGAUUUAGAUGCAAGUUAAACAUGCCCACUGGCAAACAAUACUAAAGCAAAUGUGAUUUUACUGUCAAGCUUGUUGGUGAGCUUUCCGAGGUAAAUGCACUAUAAAUGCUUGCACUCGCCGCUGUGUUUACAUAAAAUGAACCAUUAAGCAGCCAGCUCGUGAUAUGAUUGGUCAGUUUAAAGAUUACACAUUCCAAAGCAAAGGGAGAUUAUAAACUAAACAAGGAAAACGUUUUUAUGUGAAUACGGCUGUAAAUUGAAAAUACUAAAAGGGAAAAAUAAUUGUAUACUGAAUUAACGGGACAGUAAAGUCGGGCCAAAAAAUGUUUCCAAUCACUCGACACAUUGUUUCCUCAUAAGCAGUGAG